AUGACUAGAUCACAGAGUCAAACAAAUCAAUAUCAAAAUGAAAUAUUGUCAUCACAAUCUUCUUUAAGUUCUCACAGAUUUCCAAUAGCGCCCAUUUCCCCUUCUUUAAAACCUAAUGCAACCAAUUAUCUGAGGGAUGUCAAUUAUCCUGAAAGAAUCCAAUGCCACCAUGAUUCUGGUUCUUCUAAUUCAAUAAGAUCUUCGUUUUUCCCUGGAAGUCCAGCAGUAACUCCAACCACAACUAUAUCCGCUCACUUUCAAAAUAGAGUAUCGGUUCGUUCUGAAUCCGAUCGGCCAGCAUCUGGACCGUUACUAUGGGAUGAAUAUGAUAACGUAGAUGAUGAAUUACAUAAUAUGGAAAAAAAUAUCAAUGAUCGAAAGUGCUUGAUGGUGGCUUAUCCGGUGUAUACCGCUAUAAAAAAUAGCGAUUUGAUAGAAAAGACUGGCCAAAAUUCAACUCGAAUUUCCGAAAUUCUGCCGGAUUUUGUUGAUAUUGAUACACCAAAGUCAGCACAUACUAGAGUAGCAAGCGAUGGGACCAUCUACAAGCUUGUAUUUUCAGAUGAGUUUAACAAGGAUGGCAGAACAUUUCGACCAGGAGAUGACCUAUAUUGGGAAGCGGUAGACCUUCAUUAUUGGCUCACAAAUGAUUUGCAAUGGUAUUCACCAGAUAUGAUUACUACCAAAGAUGGAAAACUUCAGAUAACCAUUACAAAUGAAAUCACUCAUGGGUUAAAUUAUAAGUCUGGAAUGUUACAAAGUUGGAAUAAGUUUUGCUUUCAAGGAGGGAUAUUAGAAGGUGAUGGCAAAACUCAAGGAUUUUGGCCAGGUGUAUGGACUCUUGGUAAUUUGGGUCGCCCUGGUUAUGGUGCCACGACAGAUGGUAUUUGGCCAUAUAGCUAUGAUAGUUGUGAUGUGGGUAUAACACCUAAUCAAUCCGAUACAUCUGGUACAUUUUCUUAUAUUCCUGGUCAACGUCUUAAUAAAUGUACAUGUCCAGACCAAGAUCAUCCAUCACCUGGCAUGGGCCGUGGCGCUCCAGAAAUUGAUUUAUUUGAGGCAACUAUUGAUGAUAAUGGUCAAAGCUAUAUUUCACAAUCUGCCCAGUUCGCUCCUUUUGACACAAAUCACAAGAUCAACAAAGACUUCAUUUAUAUAGACAAUCCAAAUGUGACAACUUUCAAUACCUAUGUUGGUAGUGUGUGGCAGCAGACUGUCAGUUCAUUGACUGUAGUCAGUAAUGAAAUUUAUGAUAACCGUUCUUACGAAAAAUAUGCUUUUGAAUAUGAACCUGGAUCUGAUGGAUACAUAAGUUGGUUUAUUAAUGACCAAUUGACAUGGAGGAUGAAUGCUAGUGCUGUUGGUCCAAAUAAAGAGAAUGACAUAGGUCAAAGAAUAAUAAGCGAAGAGUCGAUGUCCAUUGUUAUUAAUUUAGGCAUGUCGGAAGGAUUCAAUCAUAUUGAUCUCAACAAUUUAAAAUUCCCUUCAACCAUGUAUGUAGACUAUGUACGAGUUUAUCAGGAUCCGCUGAAGGUCAAGGUAUCAUGUGAUCCUCCAGAUCACCCUACUUCUGAUUAUAUUAAAAAGCAUUUUAACGCAUACACGAAUCCAAGUCUAACAACGUGGAGACAGGCAGGAUAUGAGUUCCCAAUAAACAGCCUUAAUG